AUUGCCUCUCAAGUGCUUUUACUCCUGGUGUACUAAGUUAGUAGAGGAUCAGGUUUGAGUCCGAGUGCAACCUUGGGGCUGCCCUACGACAUUUUGUCACUCUGUGGCUAUCCAAAGCAGUAUUCCUCCCGCCCAACCAACGGCAAGCCGCCUGGGUCUGAGACCCCAGUUCCGCAGACACCUUCCCUUCAGCUCCUCGGAGCUCUGCGGGCUGAGCCGUAUAUAUUGCACCUCAGGUUUCGCAGUCGAAAACGAGCGGCCCGACAUCCCCUCCUGCUGCACCAGUUCUUCUUUUUUCCUUCCAUGGGCAUGCCUGCGGUUUGUGACAGACCCCCAGCACAUCACCACUAUGGCCAAGGAAGAUGUCGCAGCAAGUUUGGACCCCAGUGUCGAGAGCCCUGGCGAUGAAGAGAGACGAAAACGAACGCUGGGCAAUGUACGGUUGAUGCACCAUGACAGCAAGGCUGUCAUACUUGUUCCUCGACCGACAUCUGACCCUAAUGAUCCCCUGAACUGGCCGAUAUGGCAAAAAUACUACAUCGCCAUCGUCCUUUGCACGACCAUGGCCAUGUGCAACUUUCUAGCCGCUGGUCCAAGCAUUGCCAUUGUCCAGACAGCUGCAGACUUCUUCCCCGGAUCCAUGGCGGACAACACCCUCGUGUCAUAUGCGAUACCCAGAGUUGCCUACUUCUUCACGACAACAUCUCUGCUGCAGGGUACGGGAAACCUCGUCUGGGUGCCCAUGGCCAAUAAAUGGGGGCGCAGGCCAGUCUACAUACUCAGCUAUCUUGUAUACUUUGCCACCUCCGUCUGGCUCAUAUUCGACAAGUCGUAUGGCGGAUUUCUAGCUGGGCGCAUACUCAUGGGGUUUGGCGCCGGGGCGGCCGAGACCAUUGCCCCCGUUUCAAUUGCCGACAUCUUCUUCCUGCACGAAAGGGGCAGCAUCAUGUCGGCGUAUACUUGCUUUCUAUCAAUCGGCGUUGCAGCAGGAAUAAUCAUCUCGGGGCUCAUCACGAUAAACCACCCCUGGCGCACCAUAUACGAGGUCGGCUCCGCCCUGGUCGGCUUGGUCCUGCUUCUGGCCAUUAUUACUCUGCCUGAGACGGCUUACCCUCGGGACAGUGGCAACGACUGCGAUGUCCCGACCUCAACGGACAAGCUGGCAGGCACAAGCUCAGCCAAAGCCUGCUUCGAAACGUCGAGAACUCCGGGUCUUGAGCGUGACAGCUACUUCCGGUCUCUCCGGCUGUUCCGAAGAACGCUGACCGACGAAAACAUCUUCAAGAUGAUGAUCCGGCCGUUUGGCCUCAUCAUUCUUCCGUCGGUGCUCUGGGCUGCGCUCGUUCAGGCUGUCACGAUCGGCUUCCUCGUGGCGGUGACAUCCAACGUGGAUCCCGCGUUUGAGCAGGCUUACCACUUCCAGCCAUAUCAAGUUGGGCUGUGUUUCUUGUCGGCAGUCAUCGGCUCACUGCUCGGCGUUCCCGCCGGCGGUAUCCUGGGGGAUAGAGUGGCGGACUGCCUGACCAAACGCAACGGGGGUGUCCGCGAGCCAGAGAUGCGCCUUCCUGCGAUAUGCUUGUCUUGCAUCACGGCCCCUUUGGCAUUGGUAUUGUUCGGUGUCGGGGUUCAGCAUCAACUACACUGGAUCUGUCCCACCAUCGGUCUUGGUCUUUUGAACUUUUCCAUCACACAGGCGACAAAUAUCUGCCUCGUCUACGUCAUCGAUGCCUAUCGUCCUGUUGCUGGCGAGGUCACUCUCGCCGUCAUGGGUUUCAAAUCGCUGUUCGGAUUCCUCCUGUCUUUCGAGACGAACCCCUGGAUCGAAAGGAGCGGCUACCAGAACGCCUACGGCGCCAUGGCGGGCAUCUCUGCUGGCGUGCUCGUGUUGUGGGUGCCGCUGUACAUUUGGGGCAAGAGGAUCAGACACAGUACGUGGAAGUGGCCGGUUAUGGUCCUCGUCCACUGGAGCGACGACCGAGAAGUCGGAGAGUAGCAUGCCUCUCGUCGUGUAGAUGUGCUGUUGGCGUAAUACAGUCCGAAGCCAGGCUUGCAUCCCUUAGCUCCGGAUGUCGGUGACGGGGUCGCCCAUGACGCGAACGAGCAUGCUGCUGGAGGGCCUAAAUGC